AUUACUACCACUGGACAUAACUUUAAAAAUAUUUGCAAGCGUGUUCACAACUUGAAUUUGGCCCUUGGGAUUGUGUUAAAAGAAUUAAACAUGAAAACUGAUGAAAAAAAUACAUUACCACGUUUACGAAUUGCCAUACUUGGGAAUAAGAACGUCGGGAAAUCUGCAUUGACUGUUCGAUUCCUCACACGGCGAUUCAUUGGCGAAUAUCGAUCAAAUACAGAUCUUCUAUAUAGACAAACAGUAACAGUAAAUAAUAUAUCUCAAGAAGUGGAAAUUGUGGAUGUAUGCUGUGAAACAUUAAAUAGUGCAACCGAUCAUGUUAAACAACAACAAACGAAUAAUCAACAAGAAAUCAUACCAGAAGAACCAUUAUAUUGGGCUGAUGCGUGUAUUGUAACAUAUAGCAUUACAGAUCGUAAAUCAUUACAAUAUGCAGUGCAAGUAUUAGAUAAAUUAGUUCAAUUACGUAAUCAAAUUGGUAUACCAGUUACAUUAGUUGGAAAUAAAUCUGAUUUGGAACAUUUACGAGAGGUUGAUGAAAUCGAAGGACGAACCAUUGCUGUACAACAUAAUUGUCAAUUUUAUGAAGUAUCUGUAGCGGAUAACACAACAAAUUUAUAUCAAGCAUUUGAAACAUUAAUAUUGGAAUGUCGUGUCAUUCAACAGACCACACAAAAAACACGUAAAUUUAGUGUAUCGAAAAUGAUUGGUACAUUAAUUGGUAAAACACCACAAAGUUUACCACAAGGUGGUACCGUUGUUGUAUGCCAAAAAAGUGAUUUAUAUAAAUCACGCGUAUUAAAACGAAGACAUAAUUUAACUGCUACAGCAUCACUAUGACUAUCAUUGACAUCAGAUAAUUCAACGGAACAACAUUUUAAUAAUACUGAGGCUCCAUCAGUUAAAAUUAAUUCGGGAUAGAAAACAUUUACGAUGUUUGUUUUUUAAUGAUGCCAAAUUAAUACCUAUAAUGGAAACUGUUUUAUAGCAACAGCGUUUAUUAUGACUUAACGCAUCGCGUACGACAAAAUCAAGAAAGAUACCCUGAAUUACAUAUUACUAAGAUUAUAUGGAGAAAUAUACACAUCUAAGAAAAAAUUUAACUAAUAAUCGAGGAAAUAAAACCGAAAAAAACAGUCAGAUCCAGGAAAAAACUCCGAUCCUGUAGUUUAAACCAUUUUCACCAAAUCUCGUCGUUUUCAACAUAUAAGUGGAUCGGAAAAAAAUAGGAAUUUUUGGCAAAAAUUCG